AUGGAUUUUACACCAUAUACUAACAAAAAACAGGUCGAUUAUAUCCAACCCAAUCAGUACAUCCAGAUCCAAAAUGUUCAACCUAACCCACCCUCAUGGGGCUUGCCCCGUAUCUCACACCGAGGUCCAUUUAACCCUGGAGAUAAUAAUUAUGUCUACGACAACAACGAGUCUGGUCAGGGGGUGACUGCCUACAUUGUUGACACAGGCAUUAGAAUUGACCAUCAGGAUUUUGGUGGUCGUGCAAGAUGGGGCAGAACAAUUCCUACCGGUGCCAGCAACACAGAUACGGUGGGCCAUGGUACGCAUGUCGCAGGCACAUUGGCUGGCACUAAAUAUGGGGUCGCAAAAAACGCAAAAAUUGUUGCCGUCAAAGUCUUCCCGGAUAAUGCCUCAAGCACAUCAACAUCAAACAUUAUUCAGGGAAUUGAAUGGGCAGUGAAAGACGCGCGGAACGGAAAUAUCAACAGAACAGUUAUGAACUUGAGCCUUGGAGGACGGGCACCGCCUAAUUUCAAAGCCAUGGAUGACGCGGUCGAAGCUGCAGUUCGGGCAGGAAUGAUUGUUGCAGUGGCAGCCGGUAAUAACGGUAUAGAUGUCAAGGAUUUCACUCCGGCCCGGGCUCCCAAUGCGCUUACAGUCGGAGCGAUAGACCGAGGUGACUCAAUGCCGCAGUGGUCUAACUGGGGUCAACUUCUUGACUUCAAUGGCCCUGGAGUAGAAAUUGUCUCCUGUGGCAUCGCAAGUCCAAGUGCCACGGCAACAAUGAGCGGAACUUCUAUGGCAACACCACAUAUUGCCGGUCUUGCUUGCGGCUUGCGCCAACAGUCCACGAAUGCUACACUUCCUUCGCUUACAUAUCAGCUACGGCUCCGUGCCGAAGGUCGAUGCAGGGUCUACGCUGGACAUGAAGCUGGGACCCCAAACCUUGCUGCUGUAAACGUGAAGGUUCCAUAG